AUCAUAAUAUUUUCCAGGAUUCUAUGAAAUAUUUUGUUAAUUUUUUUAAAAUGUAAUUUAUAUUUUUUUAGCAAAACUAUGGAGAAUGAACAACGACAUUAUGAAUUAAGAAGUGGAAGUAGAUCUCGUUCUAGAACUCCUUUGAUACAAAGCAGCACUUUAAUUGAACCAGAGACUAUAGAAUAUCAUUAUGAUUUAAGAAGUCAAAGUCGGGAGAGAUCUUAUACUCCUGGAGAAAUUGCAAAUAGUAAAAAAUCUGGUUUUAAAAUUUCAUCCAGUAAUUGCAGCAAAACAAAUGACCAAGAAAUUACAAUAGAAAAAAAAAAAGAAGUCACAAUUGAAACAUUAGAACAUGAAUCUAAACAAUUUGAAAAUUCUUCUAUUAAUAUAAAGAAAGGAGAAUGUCGAUCUAAACAACAAAAAGCAAAAGAACAAGUAUUUGUAAAUGGUCAAACUGACAAUAAAGAAGAUUUAUUUGGAUAUAAAAAAAAAACCCAUAAAUCUACUUUUCUUCAUAGAACUCUUACUAGUGAUUAUUCUUCAGAGGAAACAGAACAAGAAGAAUCAGAUAAAUCAUAUUCUGCACAUGAAAUUUAUAAAAAAGCUGGUGAUUGGUGGAAUGUAUUUCCGAAAACGGACUACACCUAUUCCGAAACUUCUAAGUGUCGUUAUGAAAUAGCACCAGGUAUAUUAGCAAUGCCUAAUAUGUCACGACGCUCUAUUCAUUCAAAUGUGAAAGGUUCUAAUCAAUUUUUAUAUGAUCCAUCUAAGAGUGGUACAAAAACAAAAAAUGUCGAAGAAAAAGAAGGAACAAAAGUAGAAAAUUAUACACCUAUCAGGGAUGAAUUUUAUGGAGCACAUAUGCCAAGUUUAGAUUCAAAAUCUAAAAUCCAAUAUACAAAAAUGCAUGUAGAACAAUAUUGUAGUCACCGACAAAUAAUUUAUGCAAAAUCUAAUAAUUCGAGAAACUGGGAAUCAAGGCAAUUAUUAUAUUCUGAUCUACCAUCAAAACAUAUAAAUUUUCAGAAAUGUGAUGUUACAUCUUCUCUUGAUUCUGAUGCUGAAUUAGAAGAAACAAUUCCAAAGAAUUAUAGCCAGAAAAAUAAAAUAACACAACAAUUCAUGAGUUUUAUAUCAAUUAUGGUUCUAUGGUUCAAUAAAUUUCUUGAGUUUUUAAAACUUAAAACAGUUAAGAGAAGAGAAUAUUAUGCCACUUAUGAAUAUCAAAGAUAUGAAUCGAAAUUGUUCAAAAUCUGGAAAUAUAUUGAUCAUUCUUUACAGUGUUAUUUUUUUAUGGUCAAAAUGCUUUUAUUUGAUUCAUGGUUACUAAGCCGUAUAUUUAGUAUCAGAAAUUGGAUUCAUCAAAAAAGUCUAAAAGUUUUUUGGAUUGCCUUAUUGCUAUUGCUUCUUCUUACUGGUAGCUGGUAUUUAAUACAUCUCUUAAGAUUAUUUCCUGUAACCAAAGUUAUUACACAAUAUUUUGGAUCUGAAUUAGUUGUAAGUGAUAAACAAUUGUUUUUAAAGGAGGAAAUGUUUGAAAAAAAUAAUUUUCAAUCGAUUAUUGAAAAAUUAUAUAAUAAAAUUAACAAUUUAGAAGAUCAAACUAUGGAAAAACCUGAUCAAUUUUCUGAUAUAAUACAAGCGCUUCAGUGGUUAAAAACAUAUGCUUGGUCACAAUAUGAUAAUGAAAUAUUAUUUUUGGAAAAGAAAUUAAAAGAAUAUAAAUUAGAUGAUAUAUAUGCCCAAAUUCAUAUUAUUAAAUCGCAAUUGGAAAAGUUGAAUAAAUUUUAUUCAGAAUUAAAAUGCUGUAAUACACAUAUGAAUUACAUUACUAAUAAAGAAUUGGAAAAACAUAUUGAAAUGAUCUUAAUUGAUCAUGCUGAUAUUUUAAUAUCGAAAAUAGAAAAAAUUAAAGAUCAAGACAAAUCAUGGAUUGCUAGUAAUAAUUUUAUAACAGAUGACCGUGUGCGUGAAAUAGUUAAAGAAGCUAUAAAGAUAUAUGAUGCGGAUAAAACGGGCCGCGUUGACUAUGCUUUAGAAUCUGCUGGCGGUCAAAUUAUUAGUACACGUUGUACACAAAAAUAUGAUAUUAAAACUAGGGCAUUCAAAGUAUUGGCUUUUUUUACACUUUAUCAUGAAAAUAAUAAUCCUCGUACUGUAAUACAAGGAAAUCCAAUACAACCGGGUACUUGCUGGGCAUUUCAAGGUUUUCCAGGAUAUUUAUUAAUUAAGUUACGUAGUUCUAUUUACGUUACUGGAUUUACGGUUGAACAUGCAUCAAAAUCGAUAUUGCCCAAUGGUGAAAUGAGAAGUGCUCCUAGAAAAUUUAAUGUCUGGGGUUUUCUUGAUGAAAAUGAUUCUGAACCAGUAUUAUUCGGCGAUUACGAAUUUGUAGGUUCGGAUAAUAAUUUACAAUAUUUUCCAGUUAAAAAUACAGCAAUUAAAACGCCAUAUGAAUAUGUGGAACUAAGGGUGCAUAGUAAUCAUGGCCAACUUGAAUACACAUGUUUAUACAGAUUUCGCGUUCAUGGAAAAUCUGUCUAAGUUGUUUUUUACUAAAAGUUUAAAAACUUUUGAAAAUUUUAUAUAAGAAGUACAAAGAGUAGUACAAGAAUAUGUGAGAUUAAUUAAGAAGAGAUUAGAAAGGAAAAA